AUGCUUAGUGAAUUAAACGAAGAAGGGAAGAGGAUAGGAUUGCGAAUAAACAGAACGAAGGCACAGCUCAUGAAGAACGCUUACUGCGAGGAGGGAGGAGUACAACUUGAGGGCUCCCCAAUCGUGGACAGUUCGUCAUACGUAUAUUUAGGACGUUCUAUGAAUAUGGUGAACUACUUCAACGAAGAAGUGAAUAGAAGGAUGAGAGCAACGUGGGGAGCAUUUACGCUCAGGGAAGCCAAGGAGAAAUUGACGAACCAAAGGCUCCGUGCCCAUUUGUUCAAGCCGACAGUUUUCGCAGCGUUUUUGCCCGCCUAA